AGCUGUCUAGUUCCCCCUCAUAUUAAUAAUGGAGAUCACACCAAGGGAAAUAAAGAUGCUGAAGGUGUUUUUAAAGAUGUGUCCUACAAAUGUAACUUAUACUACACACUGAGUUUCAAAGACAGCAUCAGAUGUCUGAAUGGAGAAUGGGAGACCCCUCCACAAUGCUUACGUAAGAACAUUAUUUUCAUCCAGUAUGACCCGAUCAUGUGUUUGAAACCUGGCUCAAGUAUUGCUGAUUUUAUGAUACUUAUUUUUAUUUUAUUUUAUCAGGGCCUUGUGAGAUUCACACUUUUGAUCCAAAGCACAAUCUUCAGGAUUUGUCCGAAAUAAGUUAUGUUCCUGACAAGGACAAAAUAGCUAUCAAAUGCAAAAACGGAUAUUACCAUGAAUGGGGAAUAGCUAAGAAUACAAGAGAAAUUAAGUUGGAGUGCAAAGAUGGAAAAAUAAACUAUUUGGACGACCUACCUCUAUGUAAGUGCUAUGAUGUAAAGUCAAACAUACAUCCAGGAUAUCAGUGUCAUGUGGUGAUUCUAUAUAUGGAACGCAUAAGUCCAGGAUGCAAUGUGAUAUAUCUGUUGUUGAUUACAGUAAUUCAAUUUGAUAUACAUUUUGAUUGAAAUACCAAUUUUAAAUGAAAACCUUUGCUUUGCUGCAAUAAUGCGAUUCUGUGUAACAUUCCCACUGUAUAAACAUAUCGAUUACAUUUUCGUUUGAUUUUAGGCAGCCAUCUAGGUUAAGGUGAAAGUUGGUGAACAUAUCAUAGAUCGUGACAAUAUGGGUAAGUUAACAGGUGUGCUCAUUUUGAAGAAAGUCAUACCCUUAAUUUACACAAACCUGUAGGGGGACUGAAGGCAGAGCAAACGUCUAAAAUCAACUAUAAACAGUAGUAUAAACAGUAUUAUAAACAGUAUUAUGAACAGUAUUAUAUACAGUAUUAAACACAGUCCUGACAUCAUUAAACACUGUCUCUAUAGUUGGAGUGAUCGGCAGUAUUACUCCACAGACUCUCCUCUAUAGUAAUAGUGAUCAGCAGUAUUACUCCAGACUCUGAUUAUCCUGUCAUGUGAUUUCAUUCCUACAGAUAUC